GUUACCUUUCCGAGGUCUGUGAAGGAGGUUUAAAUGAAAAAAAAUCCCGGGAAGAAGACAACGCACGUGAUGCAGCGUGGAAGCAAAGCCGGGAAUAAGAACCUGCGUUAUUGUUCUGCGCUUUAAGAGAUACUACUUUUCAGUCUUUCAGGUCGUUAAAGUGUCUUUUGGGAGAAAAAUUAUUGCAGGUCCAUGUCUUUUAGUUUUGAUUCGGGCCGGAUCAUUGCUAUUGCCUUCGCUUUACCUUUAUUCACGAUAUGAUUCGUUAUUCUGCAAGACAGGGGCCACUUUGACUUGAAAGAAGAAAUGACUAAAUUAGCUUUGGAUAUAAAUGGCGGCCUUUUACAUUUGGCUCCACCAUCCAUAUUCUUCAGGUCUCCUCGGCUUAGAAAUUCGCUGCCCUGUCAACUGAGGAAGACUAAUCAGCGAGCAAUUUCUACGCCUUUAUCCUCAAACGUGCUGUUGAAUUCAAACAAUCAAAAUAUCACAUUGUUGCAUUUAGCCUUGGGCAAUAUUUGGACGGUUCCAAGGCAGGGCAAGCGGAAGCAAGCUAAGUCAAUCAUUUGUAGUCAAAGUGCAAAAGAGACAACACUCGAGGUAGAGAUGCCGCAAGCAAUUGACACUGACAAUGUUAGAUUAUUUGGAAUUUCCACUGGCCAACCUUCUCCACUGGGUGUUUCUCAAGGUGGCAAUAAAAUCAACUUCUCACUUUUCGCUAAACAUGCCACUUCUGUUACUCUUUGCUUGUUUUUAGGUUCAUCAAAGGGGGAAUCUGAGAGCCGGGAGAUAGCACUGGAUCCUACAAAGCAUAGGACUGGGGAUAGAUGGCAUGUUUGCAUUGAGAAUCUGCCUCUAACUGGGGUAUUUUAUGGGUACCGGGUGGAUGGACCUCAAGGAUGGGAGGAAGGCCACCGUUUUGACAAAAACCUCAUUUUGUUAGAUCCUUAUGCAAAGCUUGUUGAAGGGCGCAGAGUUUUUGGGGAUGCCAGUGAAAAGAUGUCAAGGUUUCUAGGAACCUAUGAUUUUUCUUUUUCACCAUUUGAUUGGGGGGAUGGUUACAAGCGUCCUGAAAUUCCAGAGGAAGACCUUGUGAUCUACGAGAUGAAUGUUCGGGCCUUUACUGCAGACCAAUCAAGUGGUUUGGAGCACAGUAUACGUGGUAGUUAUCUCGGUGUCAUUGAAAAGAUUCCUCAUCUUCUAGAACUUGGCAUUAAUGCAGUGGAGUUACUACCAGUAUUUGAGUUUGAUGAACUAGAACUCCAGAGGCGUCGAAACCCUCGUGACCACAUGAUAAAUACAUGGGGCUAUUCUACAAUGAACUUCUUUUCUCCAAUGACUCGGUAUGCUGCUAAUGGUGGGGGACCAUUAGCAGCAUCCUUAGAAUUUAAGAAAAUGGUGAAGGCUUUGCACGCUGCAGGAAUUGAGGUCAUUAUGGAUGUAGUUUAUAACCACACAAAUGAAGCAGAUGAUGAACAUCCAUACACCACCUCAUUUCGUGGUAUAGACAACAAGGUUUAUUACAUGCUGGACAUAAAUAGCCAUGUUCAAUUGCUGAACUUUUCUGGCUGUGGAAACACAUUGAAUUGCAACUAUCCUGUGGUUAUGGAGCUUAUUUUGGAUAGUCUAAGACAUUGGGUAACAGAAUAUCAUGUGGAUGGAUUCCGAUUUGAUCUUGCAAGUGUACUGUGCCGUGGAUCUGAUGGCAAUCCCCUCAGUGCUCCUCCUGUUGUUAGGGCCAUUGCAAAAGAUCCAGUGCUGUCAAAGUGCAAAAUAAUUGCUGAGCCAUGGGACUGUGGGGGUUUGUAUUUAGUUGGCAGAUUUCCUAAUUGGGACAGGUGGGCAGAAUGGAAUGGCAAGUACCGGGAUGAUGUGAGAAGGUUCAUUAAGGGUGAUGCAGGGAUGAAGGGUUCCUUUGCUACACGCUUAGCUGGGUCUUCUGAUUUGUAUAAGGUAAAUGCACGCAAGCCAUAUCACAGCAUCAAUUUUGUCAUUGCACAUGAUGGCUUUACACUAUAUGAUCUUGUGGCAUAUAACUCUAAGCACAAUGAAUUGAAUGGAGAGGAGGGAAGGGAUGGAUGCAAUGAUAACUACAGCUGGAAUUGUGGUUUUGAAGGUAAUACAAAGGAUCCUGGGGUCAAUGCUCUGCGUGCACGGCAAAUGAAAAAUUUCCAUCUGGCAUUGAUGGUUUCACAGGGAACACCAAUGAUAUUGAUGGCAGAUGAGUAUGGUCACACUCGAUAUGGAAAUAAUAAUACUUAUGGCCAUGAUAAUGCCCUGAAUCAUUUUCAAUGGAAUCAGCUAGAGUCAAGAAAGCAGAGUUAUUUCAGGUUUUUUGCCGAGACUAUCAAGUUUCGUCGACAAAAUCCUCUUUUGGGACGCAGCAUAUUUCUAACCCAGAAUGAUGUUAGCUGGCACGAGAAUAACUGGCAUAAUCCUGACAGCAGGUUUCUUGCAUUUACAUUACACGGAGGAAAAUAUGGAUGUGGGGAUCUCUACAUAGCUUUCAACGCACAUGAUUAUUUUGUCAAAAAUAUAAUACCUUCACCACCUUUUCAGAAAUGCUGGUACCGGGUGGUUGAUACAAAUCUUCCAGCACCAGAUGAUUUCAUUGUCGGAGGAGUUCCUUUUAAGACAAAUGUGUAUAAUAUGGCUCCACAUUCUGCAAUUCUUUUCCGUGCAGAAUAGAGCUAAAAGUUCUUCUGAAGCAAGUUUUGAAUGAUGGCCAUGGUCGACUACUUAUAUGUUAACCUAAGCCCUAUGUAGAAACUUGAUUUUACAUUUUUAUAGUUGGGAAAAUCCCAACAACAAAAUCUGGAGAAUAAUGCAUUGGAUGGUCAAAGUUUUCUAUAAUACUUUUUAUUUGAAAUCUGAGUACACAUUAA